AUGUCUUCAUAUCCUGAUAUUGCUGCUUUCGAUUUAGAUUACACUGUUUGGCCAUGUUACUGUGAUACCCAUAUCAGUCCUCCAUUUAAACAAGUAAAGAACUCAAACGGUGAGGUUCACAAGCUAGUGGACAGUUGUGGUUAUGAGAUAGGUUUUUAUCAAGAUGUUCCAAAAAUUUUAUCAGAUUUAAAAUUAAAUGGUUCAAAAAUUGUUUCUGCAUCAAGAACUUGGGCACCUGAGAUUGCAAAAGAAAUGCUGGGAUUAUUUAUGGUAGAACAUGAUGGUGAAGUUAUACCUUUAAUCAGCCUUAUUGAUUUUUUUGGAAUGGGGGAAAGAAGAAAAGUAGGUCAUUUGCGUGAUGCAGUUAAGGGUUUAUAUGGACAUGAAAAUUUGAAAACAUUGGAUAUUUGUUUAUUCGACGAUGAAAGUAGAAAUAGAGAUGUUGAACAUCAUGGUGUAACAUUUGUUUAUGUCAGUGAUCCAAAAAUUGGUACCACUUGGGAAUUGUACCAAUCAUAUUUGAAUGCAAAAUUGUAG